GGUUUACCUCUCGUGGCUAUUCAACGCAUCCUGACGACGACGCGACCAUUGCGCUCGCCCACGCGCACCCCGUCUCAUUCCGACAAUCCGCACACCAUCAGCAGCACAUCGGCCCGCGUCUGGUUUCGCAUGCAAUAGAUAGAGCAGAGGAUCCCGGAUUGGCUUCCACUCGGUGGAUAAACGGCAGCUUUGGAGAUGAUGGCUAGUAUGGGACCAGGCUUUUCGCCGCAUCCCGCCGGGAUGCAGCAACACCCCGGCGCGCCUCCGGGCCACCCCAUGGCUCCGAGCAUGGCGCACAACCCAAGCCAGCCUGGCACGACUGCGGGCGCGAUGCCACACCAGCUGGUUGGACAUAUGGCCGUAUCGGGCCCGGGUCCCCAGAUGAAUGCCGCCACUCUGAUGGGGGGCAUGCCACCGGGGAACCCGAAUGCCCAUGCCGCGAUGCAACACCUGAAUCCGGCACAGGUUCAACAAAUGUUCCAUCAUCCCCAGAUGAAUCAAAUGUACGCGGCAAACAGCCCGGCAGCACAGCAGAUGCAGCAACAGCAGAGGCUACAAGCGUUGCAACAGCAGCAACAAGCGAGAGCGGCGCUGAUAGCUCAGCAUGCCGUCUAUCAGAACCUGGGAUCUGCCCAGAUGGGCGUGCCUAUGAGUCAAAUGAGCCCCGCCCAGGCUGCUCAUAUGGCGGCAAUGAGCAGGAGGAUGCCGGUAGCUCCCCCCUUCCACCUUCAACAGGCACAGCUAGCUCAACAUCAACAGGGUCAACCUAUGAACACCAACAUGCUCGCUCAACAGAUCGCCCUUCAGCAGCAACAGAGGCAGCAGAUGCAGAUGGGACAGCAAGGUGGGAACCCGAACCAACACCAGAUGAACCCGCAACACAUAAACCUCCAGCAGGCCCAGAUUGCUGCUAUUCAGGCACAGCAAGCGCAACAUGCCCAGCAAGCGCAACAAGCUCAGCAGCAGCAGCAGCAGCAACAACAACAACAGCAACACCAGCAACAACAACAACAGCAGCAGCAGCAGCAACAGCAACACCAGCAGCAGCAGCAGCAACAACAACAACAACAGCAACAGGCCCAACAACAGGCGGCGCAGCAGGCAGCACAAGCCCAGCAGGCCCAGCAACAACAAGGGCAAGCACAGCCUCAGCAGCAGCAGCAGCAACCGCAGCAACCUCAGCAGCAGCAGCAGCAACCGCAGCAACCUCAGCAGCAGCAGCCUCCACCGGGCCAGCCACAGCAGCAACAAUCUCAGCCCGGACAACCCGGCCCGGGAGCAAGCACACCGGCCCCGACUCCAGGCCCUCCGGGACAGACACCGCAGCCAAACCCUCAGCAGCAACCUCAGGUUCCACCACAGACACCCCAAACUAGUCAACCACAACACCAGGCGCAGCUGGUCGCCCAGAUGCAAGCCCAAGUGCAACAGCAACAACAACAUGCCGCCAACAUGGCGAACCUUGCGCAGCAGCAGAGGAACCUAAGGGGCAUGUACUUGCUAAAGCUGAUGCAGUUCAGCGAGCAUCUCAACGGCUUUCCGGGAUCGAAGGGCAGGGAUGACUUGGAGUACUGGCAUAACUUUGUCAGGAUGUUUUUCUCCCCGAAGGGCGUCUUCAAGCAUUCGAUCCUCAUCAGGGACGGUGAUGACCAAACCCAGCAGAAGCAUUACGAGAUUGCGUAUCCCGCCAUCCCCCGGUACUUCCACACCCAUUUCGACAGCGGAGUCAAGUCGAUGCAGUUAAUCAUGGACAAGGGGACAAUAGACAGAAUCAUGCCCAAUGACUGUCACAUGAUAUGGAACGACAAGACCAGCCUGGUUUACUGGUUUGAGGAUGGCGCUCACCUCGUCGCAACUGGCACUCUCCGAGUCCAUUUCGACAGCGAGCAGAAGUUCGAUAUCUUCGAGUUUGAGACGACCGGCCACGAGGAGUAUGUCUCAAGGCGACUAGUAAUCCAAGCUGCCAGGCCGUCGCACAAUUGGGUCAAGGAAUGGCGCAAUCUCAAUGCACAAGAUCCAAAGCAGUCUCCUGAGAUGAGCAAGAAGGGCAAACCGAAGCCGGCUAAGGCCCCGCCUGGGCCGCCUCCCGAUAUUGAGCUUCCCCAUUCCGUCGUGAAGAGCAACAUGGGAAUCACGGAGGCCGUCUAUCAGUUUCUUGAGAUGGUUGAAAUAAUGGGCCAGAUGGGACCCCUUUUUGGCUACUACCAUGCUCACCCUGGAUUGGCGCCCUAUGCUGCGCUUGAUCAAUACCUCAACCAGAUCAACGCCUCGGCGCAGGCACAAUCCAUGAACGGCCAGCCCAUGUCCCAAGGUGGACCAAGGACUCCCGGAUUCGGCCAAUUUCAAGGAGUUGGCGCCAGCCCUGCCAUGGCCAAUGCCAUGUUGCCCGGCUCUCCCCAUGUUUCGGGUAGCCCGGCCCCAGCGCAAAUGUCUGCGCCGAUGAUGCAGUUGCAGGCGAGCCAGCAAGGCACCAGCUCCAGUGGACCAAGCGCAAACACCUCUCCGGCGCAGAACAGCAAUAAGCGAAGGAGACCGUCGACCGUGAAGGCUGAGGAAGACACGCCCGCGUCGGCCCCAACGCCUGGGCAGGUUGGGACGCCGCAGCUCAAUGGGGUUCAGAUCAAGGGAGGAAAACCGCCUACUCCCCGAAUGCCGAAGCGGCACAAGACUGGGAACAAUCCAGUAUAGCAAGGGUGCUCGCCCUAUCAUCUUGGCGGCCGAUGACAUGUUUCUCGAGGGACCAGUGGCGCAAUGCUUCUGAGUCGACCUUGGCUGCGGCGAUAGCCAGGCAAAGCAGAAGCGACCCACUGCGUCCGGGUGUUCAAAUGACGGCGGACGAGGGAACGACUUUACCCUUGGUUGCU